UUACCAGUUCUUAAAACAUUAGUUAAAACAUAUCACUUCAAAGUGUUUGAAAAUAAAUUUUCUCUCAUCAUGGAGUCAAUAUUUUAUGAAUUGUAUACCAAUUGAUUGAUAGUGUCGUGCCUUUGGUUUAUUUGGGAAUGAUCUACAAUUGAGUGUUGUUUUGUAUGAUACGUAUGUUGAGUGUUGUCUUGUAUGAUAUAUGAAACGGCGAAACAGAUUAGUGAAGGUUGUGUGUAAAGGUUGGAGAAACAAAGAAAAAUGUCGACCAGCGAAAUUGAAGAUUUCGUAAAUGGAUCACUUAUUUCGUGGAUUGAAUCAUGCCUUCCUCGACAUGAGAUAAUUGCCGGAUACGUAUCUUUGUUGGAUGGUACAAUUUUACACGCUGUUUAUCUUCAAAUUGAUCCUGAACCACAGUACCAUCCAGUCAAGUUAAAAAAUGUGGAAGGUCUUUCAUUGACAAUUAGCCGAUCUCGGAACUUUGAUGCUAUUGUACGAAACCUCCGAAACCUCUACGAUGAAGAAUUAGGUCAGACAAUACUUGCUUUACCGGACUGUUCAAUCCUUGGUCAAGCCCCAGAAUCACGAGCCGGAUUGGACCAAAUGAAACUUUUAAUAACCCUUUUAUUAGGUGCUGCUGUUCAAUGUCCAAACAAAGAAAUAUUUAUAGCCCGCAUUAAAGAGCUUGAUUUAGACACGCAACAUGCGAUUGUAGAAGUUAUAAAGCAGGUUACAGACAGUCAAACAUUAGUUCUGACGCAAGAAGCGUUAGAUCAGCUUCCAUCUGAAACCAUGUGUAAACACAUUGUCAGGCUUGCAAAAGAACGUGAUCAAUACCAUAGCAAAUGGAUGUCGACUGUGAUUUCCGAGAGUCUACACAGUUCUUGCUCCGCAACCACUAGUUCAGCCAACACUCCAUCUGCAUCUACGGAAAAUAACCAUCUAGCGGUGGAGUUAGCCGACUAUAAGUCCAGGCUGCGGAAGUUACGUCAGGAACUGGAAGAAAAAUCAGAAUUGUUGAUUGAAGUCAAGGAAGAACUUGAUCAUAAAAUUAAUCAAUACGAAAAGUUACGCGUUGAGAGCCAAGAUUGGUAUUCUGAAGCCAGGCGAUCUGCUGCUUACCGGGAUGAAGUGGAUGUGUUACGCGAACGUGGCGAAAGAGCAGAUCGUCUCGAAAUUGAAGUUCAAAAACUAAGAGAAAAACUGUCAGAUGCUGAAUUCUAUCGAACCAGAGUGGAGGAACUUAGAGAAGACAAUCGAAUGCUCUUGGAAACAAAAGAAAUGCUGGAGGAGCAGUUGCUUCGUUCUCGAAAGCGAAGUGACCAGGUUAUGAUAUUAGAAACAGAAAUUAUUAAGUUUAAACAAUUGCUAAACGACAUGUCAUUGGAACGUGAUGUGGACAAAAGCAAACUUCAAGACUUGCUAGAGGAAAAUGUGCAGCUACAGUUAGCUACCAAAAAUUUGAUGGCUGGAUCUGAUGCAGUGAUUAAUCAAAGCCAGUCAGAUACAGAGGAAGAUUUACCGUCGAAUGAUAACAGCUUGUCCGAACAAUUAACCACUAACGCUCAGUCUCGUGCUCUUAAGUUGGAGUUGGAAAACAGACGUCUUCUUGCAGCUUUGGACAGUCUUAAAGAGUCAUCUUUUCAUGAGUCUUCGAAUAAAAUCCUGGAACUGGAGAAGGAUAAAAAGAAGCUCUCGCUUCGACUUGAUCAGGUGCAGGAGAGUUGUAACCGACAUAUGCAACAAAACUUAGAACUUGAGAAUGUUUUCAAGAAUGCAUUGGAGGAAAAUAAGAAACUUCAAGAUGCUUUGGAUAUCAAGCAGCAGAUUCUGGACAAACAAAGUCACGACCGGGACCUUGAUCGAAUACGUCAAAUUGAUUUGGAAAAACAAAUUGAAAAUCUGACUAAGGAGAAACAACGAGUACAAAAUUUAUGUGAAAGUAUUCAACGAAGAACAACAGAUCUAGAACGCUCGAUAGAAAGUAAAACGAAAGAAGUUCAACAACUGAAUGAGCGUUGUCAUGAACUAGGUAAUGUUAAAAAAAAGAGUUAUGAACUCAAUGUGAAAAUGACAGCAUUAGAAAAAGAAAAUUGUAGUCAAGCGAAAGAUUUGUUGAAGUAUAAGGAAAUAUUGGAGCAAAAGGAUGUUAAGUUAGAUGAGGCUAUCAUUAAGUUACAUCAAAACGAGAAAGAUAUUGCACUAUUAUUGAAGCAGUUGGAAGAGAGUGCUGCCAUCGAGAAAAAGCUCCAAGAGAUUGAGAAAACGAACAAAGAACUCCUUACUCAGCAAAAAAUUCAAAGUGAAACUAUUUUAACAUUGCAAACAGAUUUAUAUAAUGGAACAUUGGCUACUAAAAAAGUGAGACAGAAUCUAGAGCGGUUGGGAUUUAAUGAAAACGACAUUGAGAAAACUGAUUUGAAUGUAGAACUCUUCGUUGAAAAACUUUGUAAAAAUCCAGAAUCAUUCAAAACAGUCAGAGAAAUAGUUUUGAACGUCGGCAAAGAAAUUACCAAAUCUGUUGACAUAUGUGUCCUUUGUCAUAAACAAGAAAUUUACACAGUCGAGAAAGACAUUGAAUUUUGUAACUAUAACGAAACAGUUUUGCCAAAUGAUUUGGAAAUAAAAAUAGAACAAUUGAAGAUUGAAAAUUCCGGCCUUCAAUUGACGAACGAAUCUCUUCAAGCUGAAAAUGUCCGCCAAAAAGUAGAAGUAUCGACAUUGGGAUCCCAAAUAACCUCUUUAAAUACACAACAUGUUGCUUUACAAUUGGCAAAUUCACAAUUAGCUGCUGAGAAAGAUAUGCUGGUUAAACAGGUGGAGGUUAAAAAGCAAGCUUGUGAAUCACUUCAGCAUGAUCAAGUCACGCUGCAGUGUCUUCAUGAACAACUGAGUAGCGAGUAUGAUUCACUUAACCACGAAAGAGAAAUAUUAAAAAACUCCGCUCGUGACCUUAAGACGGAAAACCGCGAUUUGAAAGAGCAUGUAUUAAUUCUCGAAAAACAAUUGGAUGAUUAUAAACUGGAAAUUGCGUCGAUGAAAGAUGGUAUUACCAAUCUUGCAAAUCUAAGAGCAGAACAUUCAAAGCUCAAAGAUGAUUUUAGAUGCUUGUUUACGAAUAGUGAACGACUUAAACACGAAUUCAAGAGUAGACAAGAACAGUAUCGGGCUUGUAGGACAGAAAACAGUCGGCUAAAGUUACAAAAUACUGAACUUAGUGGUGAAUUGAAUAACAAAAUAGAACAAAUCACGAAUCUGGAAAUUGAAUACACGAAAAUGCAUCAACGAUGCGAGAUUCUUCUACAGAUGAACUCUAGUUUAGACAUAGACAGACGUACGCUUAUGGAUCAUGUAUCUCAGAUUUUGGCUCAGUAUCACGAGCUUUUAGCUCAUUCACUGGAAGAUAAGCAGCAUUAUCAUGAUGAAGAAAAGAGUUUUACGGAUCGUGUAAACAAUCUACAUCGACAAAAAGAAAAAUUAGAAGAGAAGAUCAUGGAGCACUAUCGAAAGUUAGACAGUUGUUCACCGAAAAAGAAACCUUUUGGUCUAAAUUUCGUCAAAAAAGUACGCAAAGCUGGCUCAGAACUCAUAAGUCGUGUUCCUAAUCGGAAUCGGCGUUCCUGGGUUGACGAACCAAGACUAACACAAUCUCAAUUUACACUUGGAUCUGAAUCUGGUGGUAACGAGUCAGAUAAUAGUAUAGAAGAACCCAACUCGGUAGCAUCCGAUACCAAUCUGCUUCAAAGACACUCGGUUCUACGGCAAAGCUUACAGCGGAAACCCAACAAUGAGGUUUUGAAUAAGACUCUUCUAAGAGGUGGCAUUAGAAGUAGCUUACAAGCAUCCCGAAGAGACGAAGUUAGCCAGGCACACAGAAAUAGCUUCCCAGGAUUUGAUACUGGAAAUGACGCUUUAAACCUUGGAAAUCCUGGAACGCGUCGCACGGUUUAUUUAAUGGAAGAAAAACCGAUAGACAAAACUAACGCUGGCUCUAGCACUACAGCAGGUGUAGUUGGUUUAACAGACUCAUCACCUUCAGUGUCAUUGACAUCACCACCACCAGCGACGUCUGUUGUGGAUACUGAACAAUCUCAGUUAGCAUCGAUGAAUAAUACUGUAAAUAGUUCGAGCACAACUUCAACUGUCAGUGGAAUCAAUCCUGUAACAACAAGCAAUGAUACGCUUCUUCUGCUCAAUCGAAUUACCACGACGACAACUCUUAAAACAUUAGAUUCAAGUUUGCAACCUAAGACAACAUCGGAGUGUUCAAAUCCAUCUGAAUGUUCCGGAACAACCAACAUGGAUACGACGGUUGUUGUUUCAGAUGAUGCUAAUAAAAAAGAUUCUGUUCCAAAAUCUAAAAAUGAUACAAAAAAUCGCGAAAGCACGAUAUGGUAUGAAUACGGGUGUGUAUGAAAAUAAUUAUCAGAAUACCUUGAAUUUUAAAGGUAUUUUGAGAAUAAACAAUAAAUCGUUAAA